UAGCAUCAUUAGCAUUAUCAAAAAUGUAAUGUCAUUUAUCUGCAGCCAUAACUGUAGUUUCUCUUUCUUUUUAACGGCAAAAUGGCGGAAGGUACGUCAAAUAUUCCUAAAUUAGAGGCUCAAAAAAAUGAAAUAUCUCAGAUUUUAAGAAAACUUUUAGUCAGACAAGAUAAUUGGUGUUUGAUUGACAAUAAAUGGUUCAAGCAAUGGAAAAAGUAUGUUGGAUAUGAUAACUGGGAAACCUCAAGUGUUGGAGAUAAAGCUACACAUCCUGGUCCUAUCGAUAACUCCCCUCUUUUACGUGAUGAUGGCAGUGGAGAAAUUAAAGAUCACCUUAUUGAUGAGUUGGAUUACGUUUUAGUCCCUGAGGAAGCGUGGGAAAAGCUGGUAGAAUGGUAUGGAAUAGUUGAAGGUCAACAACCGAUUGUGCGUAAAGUUGUUGAAUAUGGAAUGUUCGUCAAGCACUGCAAAGUUGAAGUAUAUUUGCUGGAGUUCAAGCUUUGUUCAAACAGUGAUCUAGAACAUAUAAUAUCGAAGAAAUUUAGUAAAUCUGAUACCAUAGGCUUUAUUGAAAAAGAGAUGCGAACAUUAUUUAACAUCCCUGAUGAUAAAGAAACAAGGUUAUGGAAUCGAUAUAGUCACAAUACUUACGAGCAUCUUAGUAAUAAAGACAGUACAGUUCAGGAUGCUGGAUUGUAUAGUGGUCAGGUUCUAAUAAUUGAAGAACAAAAUGAUGAUGGCACCUGGCCUCGGCAAGUAAAAAGCACCAGUGCAGCCUUAGCUUACACCAAUUCAACAAGUACUGGUGCAGGUGAUACUAGAAGUUAUAAUAGUCAGCCCAGUACUAUUGCCACAAGAAGUUAUGGGAAUAGUGGUAGCUAUGGAAAUUCUAGUUAUUCCUAUGAUUACCACUCAAAUAAUCAGUCAACUGUUCAGGCUGGCUUAUGUGGCUUGAGUAAUCUAGGAAACACCUGCUUUAUGAAUUCAGCAUUGCAAUGCAUGAGCAACACUCCACCUUUAGCUGAUUACUUCCUUCAAGAUCAUUACUGGAAUGAACUCAAUAAUGAUAAUCCUUUAGGAAUGCAAGGUGAAAUAGCUAAAUCUUUUGGAGAUCUUAUAAAAAAUAUGUGGAGCGGAAACUGUUCCUAUACAGUUCCUAGGAAUUUUAAGAUGAUUGUAGGAAGAUUUGCACCUCAAUUCUCUGGUUAUCAACAGCAAGAUUGCCAAGAAUUAAUGGCUUUCUUGUUAGAUGGUUUACAUGAAGAUUUAAAUAGAGUAAAAAAGAAACCUUACAUAGAAUUAUCUGACGCUGAUGGGAGACCUGAUGAACUUGUUGCAAAAGAAGCAUGGGAAAACUACUUAAAAAGGAAUAAUUCUAUUAUUGUUGACACAUUUCAUGGUCUUCUGAAAUCAACCCUUGUUUGUCCUGAAUGCAACAAAGUGUCUGUGACAUUUGAUCCUUUUUGCUACCUUUCCUUGCCUUUACCUUUAAAGAAGGAACGUCAAAUAGAAGUUUUAUUAGUUACUUUAGAUCCUCUCAAAAGACAUUUAAAAAUGAAAGUCACUGUCCCAAAGCUAGGAAUAAUCAAAGAUCUCUGUGAAGCUAUCUCCAAAAUUUCUGACAUUCAGCCUUCAAAUAUGAUUGUUGCUGAUAUCUAUAAUCAUCGACUGCAUAAGGUAUUCAAUAAGGAUGAGCAAAUAAGUGGUAUUAUGGAAAGAGAUGAAAUAUUUGUGUAUGAAACUCCUCCUGAAGUCGAUGGAGACAGUUCUUUUAUGUUACCAGUUUACCUAAAAGAAAAAAAAUCAAAGUUAUCUCAACAAAAUGUUGUUACAACAUCUACUUACCUGUUUGGCCAUCCACUCUUUGUUCCCGUCCCUGCUACUCGAUGCUCAUUUGAUACCCUGUAUGGUAUUAUGCUAAAAUAUAUGGCGCGCUUUUUCAAGUUACCUCAAACUGAGCAAGAAUGGGAGCAAGUGCUCCCACCAAGUACUGAAAUCAGAAAUGGGGAUGCAGACAUUUUUAAUGGGGACGAUUAUGACAGUGAUCCAUCUGACAAUGACAAAAAUAUGGAUAAUGAUGACAUUAUGAAAAAUGCACCAUCAGAGCAAAAGAGAUAUUUGUUUAAAAUUUUAAGUAUAAAUGCUCCAGGAAAUCUAGAGUAUAACCAACUGAAAGAUAGUGAGGAAUUCCUAAAGUUAGAUCGUAAAAUGUAUUUGUCACUUGAGUUUGAUGAAAAAGUUAGAAAGGAAUGUUUUAAUGAAAAAGAAUUUGUGAGUAAUAUCAUACAUGAAUCAAUGAAUCAGAGGAUAUCACAGAAAAAACAAGUCAUCCAACUUAGUGAAUGUCUGGAACUUUUUACCACUGUAGAAAAAUUAGGUGCUGAUGACCCUUGGUACUGUCCUGCUUGUAAAAAACAUCAGCAAGCUACAAAAAAAUUUGAUUUGUGGUCUUUGCCUCAAGUCCUUAUCAUUCACCUCAAGCGGUUCUCGUAUAAUCGAUACUGGAGGGACAAGCUUGAUACUCUUGUUGAAUUUCCUGUCAAUGGUCUAAAUAUAGCUAAAUAUGUACUUAAUCCAUCCCAUGGACCUGCUAUAUACGAUCUCUGUGCUGUUGCUAAUCACUAUGGUGGAAUGGGAGGUGGUCAUUUCCAAAGCUGCCUAUGUAUUGUUUUAUAUGCGCCGAGAUGCAUCUGCAAUGAGUCAUUCUAGCCGGCACAACAUCUCUGCUGCUCUAGGUGCACCCAGAAGUUCACAAGUAUCCAGUCCUGACGAUGAUGCUGUCUCGUCAAGUGAUGAAGACUGCAACAUGGAUACAAAUUAGGGUUAAUUUAUUUAAAAUUAGUGAUUCUUUAAGCAAACGUCAAGUUUCUAUGGACAUGGUGACCUAAAGAAGUGUGAUGAGGAGAGAUUAUCCAAAAUGAGAGAGAAUCCACCUCUCUGAUGUUUUUGUAUGUAGCUGUAGAUAUUUGAUUCUCACCGAGAGAGGAUUUAGCAAGUUCUUCAUUUUUAUAAAAUGGAAACUUGUACACAGGCAUAAGUAUUGAACCUUUACUUUGAAAAUGUUGUUUGUUUUUGUAAAAUUUAAUAAUUUAUUUAACACACAAAAUUGUUUUCAUUCAAUUGAAUGCUCUUAAUUUAAAUAUUCAAUGCAUGGUUCUUCUUUCAAGCAAUUUCAGAAUUAUUUUUUUGACAUUUACGGCGGUUGUAAAAGUAGUUAUAACUAUGCGUUAUUGUAAAUAAAAAAACUUAUGAGAUGCAUUGCUUUAUUUUCAUACUACUUAGUUCUGAAGAGUAAUUUUUUUAACACAUACAAAUGUUUUAUCUUAAUAUUUUGUCUUUGGCUCAGUUAAACCAUCUCAGUCUUGGUGUAUAUAAUGUUAUAAAAUACAAUGCUCUCCAAGAUCUUAGCUGAGAAUUUCUACUUUUACAGCCAAUUUUGGUCACUUGAAAAUAUUUUAUGUAUAGCUUUAUGGUUAAAAAAAAAAAAAUUCUUUCAGAGUGGUGACUUGUGUGCUGUGGAUUUUUGACACAACUACUUGUAAUAUAUUGUGCUAUACAUUACAGAAUUUUAAUUUAUUUCAAUAAAAUUUAUUAGGGUAC